AUGCCACCGACCAACAUCGCUGACGACGCCUUUUUGGAGUUGAAGAACCUGGCGACAUGGGUCUACAAAACAGCCGAAAUGGGGGAGGAGAAGGGGGAAAAGAACCUUUCCAGAUGUAUGGAUAAAGAAGCUCGUGAAGCGAAAGUACGACCGUUAUUGGAGAAACUGGGUUAUGACAAAAUACAGGGCCAUCUUGUUGGACUAUUGCGAAUAUAUGGGAGCAGUUCGAUCGAGAAGCCUGAUAAUUAUCGAUCGUUGUUGUUUUUUCCACUGUCUAUUGGCUCGGGGCCUGAAAGCAUAGUGUCAGGAGAGGUGCAGGUUGCAGGCGAAGUUCUUAAGCCUGGCACCUAUAUCCAACUCACGAGCACUUUGAACUUGGAUGCUCAAUUGGAUUGUCUUAUCGUCCUUCUGCCUUAG